UGCUCCCGCCCCGCGCAGGCUGCCUCCUUCUCACACGCAGCCUGUCCGGUCGGAUGGGACCAGUAGCCAGCGAUCCACGCACGCCUGACCGCCAGUCUUACUUCCUGGAUGGAAGAAUGGGACGUUUCCAGCGGCACUUUUCCUCCGUCGCGCCGACGCCGCGGAUAAUCACUUCAUAACGACCACGUGUAAUCAAUGCGAUCCGACCACUUUUCCCUUGUAGUUAACGACAGCGAUUGAUCGCCGAUUGACCGCUCCGCACUCCGGGAAUGUCGCUAUCUGGAAGCCCGCUACAGGCACGAUGGAGUCCGGCCACACAUUCUGAAGAGUGCUCGCCCAGCGGCGGCGUGCGCAGCGUUUUAUUCCUCGAAGCUAACGGCGGCUCCCGCUCGGACUGGAGGCGGCUCGGUUCGUCUUUCUAACCAGAACAUCGAUGCUCUGCCGUCGCGGCCGCCGCGACAACUUCGUCUCCGCCGCGAUCGAGCGCAUGUGAUCUGGUCUUGUUUUGUUUGUUUUGUUUUUUUGUUUUUUUAUAAGAAAAUACUGAAAAAAACUUUGUCACCCGUUGCCUUCUUGUUGCUCUCGAUGAGCAUUUCAACAUGGGGAGAAUACGGGAACCGAGUUACUGGUGGAUUUUAUCCUUCUUAAUUUUAACCCUGCCCAAACACAAAGACUGUCAUCCCGUUGUGUCGGGUGGCCAGCCUCACCACGCCGCAGACGGGCAUCAUGGGAGCGCGGAUGUAAUGAGGGAGAGGAGAGCAGCUGGUGACCCGUACUGGUCCUAUUCAGGAAGCCACGGACCCCGAGGUUGGGCCGCCUCCUUCCCCGAAUGUGCUGCGAAGAACCAGUCGCCCGUGGACAUCGCGGACGAGCAGGCGCUCAUCUCGGAGGAGUUCCAGGAGCUGGUGCUGGACAAGUUCAACGCCGAGUCGUCCAACCACACCACCAUGAAAAACACUGGAAAGACAGUUGCCGUCCUCCUGAAGGAUGAUUACUUCGUAAGAGGCGCUGGGCUGCCGGGUCGUUUUAAGGCUGAGAAGAUGGAGUUUCACUGGGGCCAGAGUAAUGGAUCAGCGGGCUCCGAACACAGCAUAAAUGGCAGAAGAUUUCCUGUAGAGAUGCAGAUCUACCUUUACAAUUCGGACGACUUCGACAGCCUCAGCGCCGCCAUCAAGGAGCGACGCAUCAUCGCCGCCAUGGCCGUCUUCUUUCAGCUGGGGCAAAAAGACAAUCCAGCUGUGGACCCGAUCAUCCAAGGCCUGAAAGGAGUGGUGCAUCAUGAGAAGGAGACCAACCUCAGAUCCUUCAUCCUGAGGGAUCUGCUGCCGUCGUCGGUGGACAGUUAUUACCGCUACACGGGCUCCCUGACCACGCCGCCCUGCAGCAAGGUGGUGGAGUGGAUCAUCUUCUCCAGGCCUGUGUAUCUGUCCCACUCACAGCUGGAGGCCUUUUACUCCAUCUUUACAACAGAGCAGCAGGAUCACGUCAAGUCUGUCGAGUACCUGAGGAACAACUUCCGACCCAAGCAGGACCUGAACAACAGGAAAGUCUUUAAGUCGGCGGUGAAGGACGCGUGGCAGAAAGAUUCGACCGAGAUCCUGGGAAGCCCUCCGAGCACCGAGGCUUCGAGGGUGUGCAGCAGCGCCCCGGUGAGCAUGAAGAUCCAGCCGCUGAACCAGACGGCGCUGAUGGUGAGCUGGGAGCGGCCGCUGACCAUCUACCACCCGCCCAUCACCAGCUACAUGGUCUCCUACAGCUGGGUGAAGCGGGACGUGGCAGACGAGAAGACCUUCGCUAAGACGGGGGACGAGAGCAUGAAAGCGGUCAUCACUAAUGUGUCCCCCGACGUCCUGUACCUGUUCAGAGUGCAGGCGGUUUGUGAGGGUGAUCUGCGUAGUGAUUUCAGCCAAACGCUGCUGUUCAGAGCUAAUACAACAAGAAUAUUCGAAGGGUCUCGUAUUGUGAAGACUGGAAUGCCCACGAUUUCUCCGGCUUCUUCAGCCGACAUGGCUCCCAUAAGCUCUGGUUCCUCCACCUGGACGUCCUCCGGCAUCCACUUCUCCAUCGUCUCCAUGGCAACAGGGAUGGGCCCUUCGUCUAGUGGCAGCCAGGCCACAGUGGCUUCUGUAGUGACGAGUACUUUGCUGGCAGGCCUGGGCGUUGGAGGCGGGGUCAUCUCGUCUUUGCCCAGUUCAGUUUGGCCCACGCAGGCGGCACACAGCACUCAGAACCCGACCCGUCCCUCCGCCGCGCCCGCGAGGUCCAGCACCGAGCACGCGCCGAAGCAGGGCUCCGACGCAGACAGCCCAGCGGAGGACAACCAACCUGAGCGUGAGAAUGAAGAGGAAGAUGAGAAGGAGGGUGAGAGAGAAGGAGAUCAAGAGGAGGAAGAGGAUGAGAAGAAGAAAAAGAACAAGUCCACAUCUGGUAAUGAGGAAGUGCAAGGAGACCGCACUGUGGCCAAAAAGCCUUUAAUCCCCACCCCCGCGUCCACUGCCAAAGAGAAAGGAGACGGGAGACCCACAGUUAAAGAUGCCACAAUACCUGCCAGCACCGCUGACCAGCAGUUGGAGGAGAAACCCACGGAUAUUAAUGGAGUGUCCACUCCGAUGCCUCUGAAUGACACUGCAGAGAUGCAGAUUCCCCAGAGUUCCACCAUCUCUCCAAAGAUUAGCAGCCGCUUGCCUUUCUCCGUGCACACUGACAGGACAACUUUGUCCACGAUCACCCGGACUCCCCACCCGGGGAUCGGCAGGAUGGUGUGGAUCGUCCCCCUGGUGGUGGUGUCCAUUCUGACUCUGCUCUGCCUCAUAAUGCUGCUCGUUGUCAUGGUCUACUGGAGGAGAUUCUUCCAGACAGCUCACUUCUAUGUGGAGGAAAGCAGCUCUCCGCGGGUGGUGGCCAAUGAGAAUAUUCCAGUCAUCCCUAUACCAGAUGACAUGGAGGCCAUCCCCGUGAAACUGUUUAUUAAACACAUCAUGGAGCUGUAUAAGAACAACCUACAGGGCUUCUCGGAGGAGUUUGAGGAGGUCCAGCGUUCCACGGCGGACCUGAAGAUCACAGCAGAACAUUCCAAUCAUCCUGACAACAAGCACAAGAACAGAUACAUAAACAUCGUGGCCUAUGACCACAGCAGGGUGAAGUUACGGGCUCUGGCAGGAAAAGAUGCCAAGCAUUCGGAUUACAUCAACGCCAACUAUGUGGAUGGCUACAACCGGCCCAGAGCGUACAUAGCUGCUCAGGGACCCCUCAAGUCUACGUUUGAGGACUUCUGGAGGAUGGUGUGGGAGCAAAACACAGGAAUCAUCAUCAUGAUCACAAACCUGGUGGAGAAAGGGAGGAGGAAGUGUGACCAGUACUGGCCCACGGAGAACAGCGAGCAGUACGGGAACAUCGUGGUGACGCUGAAGAGCACCGAGGUGCACGCCUGCUACACGCUGCGGCACUUCCACAUACGGAACACGAAAGUCAAAAAGGGUCAGAAGGGGAAUCCCAAAGGGCGGCUGAACGAGCGCGUCGUGGUCCAGUAUCACUACACUCAGUGGCCUGACAUGGGCGUGCCGGAGUACACGCUGCCCGUGCUCACCUUCAUCAACCGCUCGUCGGCCGCCCGCGCCGCCGAAGCGGGUCCCGUCCUGGUGCACUGCAGUGCAGGAGUCGGGCGCACGGGGACGUACAUCGUCAUCGACAGCAUGCUGCAGCAGAUCAAGGACAAAAGCACAGUCAGUGUCCUGGAUUUCCUCAAACACAUCCGCACGCAACGCAACUACCUGGUCCAGACCGAGGAGCAGUAUGUGUUCAUCCACGACGCUUUGAUGGAGGCCGUCCUAAGCAGAGAGACGGAGGUGCCGGCCUGGCAGCUGCACAGCUACGUCAACAGCAUCCUCACGCCCAACUCGACAGGACGCACACGGCUGGAGAAGCAGUUCAGGCUGCUGACUCAGUGCAACACGCGCUUUGUGGAGUGCUUCAGCGCCCACAAAGACUGCAACAAGGAGAAGAACCGCAAUUCCUCCGUGGUUCCAUCGGAGCGAGCAAGGGUUGGACUCACCACUCUGCCUGGAAUGAAGGGAACAGAUUACAUUAAUGCGUCCUACAUAAUGGGAUACUACAGGAGUAAUGAGUUCAUCAUUACCCAGCAUCCUUUGCCCCACACCACCACAGACUUCUGGAGAAUGAUUUGGGACCAUAAUGCUCAAAUUAUUGUUAUGUUGCCAGACAACCAGGGCCUUGCUGAGGAUGAGUUUGUUUACUGGCCGAGCCGGGAAGAGGCCAUGAACUGCAUCGCCUUCACUGUCACACUAAUCAGCAAGGACAGACUGUGCCUCUCUAAUGAAGAGCAGAUCAUCAUCCACGACUUCAUCCUGGAGGCCACACAGGACGACUAUGUUCUGGAGGUGAGACACUUCCAGUGCCCUAAGUGGCCGAACCCUGACGCUCCUCUCAGCAGCACCUUCGAGCUCAUCAGUGUCAUCAAGGAGGAGGCCAUGACUCGAGAUGGACCCACCAUCGUACACGAUGAGUAUGGAGCGGUGUCGGCAGGCAUGCUGUGCGCCCUCACCACGCUGUCCCAGCAGCUGGAGAACGAGGGCGUCGUCGACAUCUAUCAGGUGGCUAAGAUGAUCAAUCUCAUGAGGCCGGGAGUCUUCACUGAUAUAGAGCAGUACCAGUACCUUUACAAAGCCAUGCUCAGCCUGGUCAGUAACAGAGAGUGUUGCCUGAGCCCCCUGCACAUGGACACUAACGGGGUGGUGGUGAUCGCGGACGAGUCGGACCCUGCGGAGAGCAUGGAGUCGCUCGUCUAAGGACCUUACGGGCACUUAAUUUGUAAAAAUCCAUGAACUUUUCUGAGGCCUUUUUUGCCAGACUAUUGAUUAAAUGAAUAACCUUAUUACUUUUUAUACUGAUAAAAGUUUUUUGAUAUUUAUGUUUUUGUUCUUUAUUUCUUGUCUUAAAUGUUAUCCUGCUGAGCGUUUGCACCUGUUUAAGUUGACGCGAGGAAAAAAACGCAGCUCUGUCCAGUUUGCACUACACUAUCAGUGUUACUGCCUAAACCCAGCGAGUUGAAUUCCGGCUAGACGUCGCAGUGAGACGAAACCUGAGGAGCGGAGGACCGGACCGGACCGGACCGGACCGGCCCUCGGACCAGUGUCCCGGAGGCGGACCACGGCAUUGCCCAGCAUGCGUUAGGUUAUUUUCUCACCUUGAUCAAACUGGCUUGAGGCUCAGCUACACACACACACACACACACACACACACACACACACACACACACACACACACACACACACACACGCGCGCGUGCGCGAGGCGUCGAUCAUGUGAAGAGACUCUUUCCUGCCUAAUAUUCAUAUAUUGUCCAAAUAUCUCACUGCUGUCUUGUAAAAUGUACCUAUGGCUUAUUUUGUUAAAGUGUGUUGCAACAUCUAAUGUGAACAUUUAUUGCUUUUUACAGGGAUUUAUAUUGUUAUAUUGUUUUGUAAAAUAUAUAUAUAUAUAUAUAUAUCUAUAUUAAUUAUAUCCUUAUAGCCAGACACUUUUUUUUAAUACUUACGUAUUUGUCCACUGGCCUUGGUGUAGAUGUAGAUUCAUAUUUCUGAGAUUCUGUGGGCUGACAGAAUCUGACCCUGUUUUAUUUUCCAGUAUUUUUCCGGCUUUUCUAACCUCAACCGUCAAAGCUCAACUGAAUAAUUACACGUGUAAAGGCUUGUCUGUAUUGGAAAAGUGCAGUGUCUCCAAAAAGACGGUCACCUCACGCCACACCGAGCGUCUCCUGCUGUGCUGGGCGUCAUCAGAUCACAGUGGAUGUAAUGGGGAUUCAGUUUGACGAACUCGUAUUCAACCCUUUGCCUAUGAAGACUGAGGACUGUGAUUGAACAAAGACCUUCAGCUGCGUGACCUCCAGGAUUUUACUGUCUACCUUUACAAACCUGCUGCACAAAGACAUCGUCAUGAAGAUUCACGGUCGGGGCGGAGGCGCUCCGACCAACCACUAUUAGACUAAACUAACCCACUAUGAGAUUUUGUGCAGUUUGAUUUAUUCAUCAUGUCAUGAACAAAAAAAAUAGCCAUGAAGAUGGCUGACAGAUUUACUGCUGUGCCAUGCUCUUUCCACUGUCGGGUGCGACGGAGAUGUUCAGAAUUGUCUCGAUUCCUUUCCAGGUCGUUGAUUUCAUCUGUCACGUUGUCAUUUUUGCUUGGAGACUUGAAUCUUCUCUUUAUCCUAACACCUCUUGUCAUUUCAACAGAUCAACUUAUGUUAUUAUCUACUGUAACUUAACGUACCAGUUAUGGUGUAAAACCCACAGUAAAGGGACAGAUACUCGUACAGCUGGUUUCUGGUUUCUGCUCAGUUCAUAGAAACACGUCUGCACUCAUACAUUUUACUUUAUCUGUUGUAACCAUCAAAAGAGAAAUCCUAAUCAUGUCCACCGUGAUUCAAGGUUGCUAAUAAAUGAAACGCAGGAAGUUCAGAUGGGGUGACUUCAUUUUACAGGCAGUGUAGUUUCUCUCUGGGGGGGGGGGGGGGGGGGGGGUUGAUGCUUUAUUUGUAACCAAAGAUGUGGUUCCAGUUUGCAACAUGUAAGUGGUUUUGUGCUGAGAUCUAUUUAAUCCACUAGACUUUGAAAUCGAAAUUGUUAAAUCUUGCAGUACAGAUUUCCAGUGUCAAAAUGUGUGAAGUUAACCAGAGUUAAGCAUGUUUCUGUUCUAGCCUCAGGAACUCACGAGUACACGAUGCUUUCCUCACAUCAGAUAACAAGAUUCAGAGUUCGGACUGUAAACUGUAUUUUAUUUGGGCUACUAUUCUGUCUGCACUAUUUUGUGGCUAAUAAUUAUAAGCCCUUUUCAACCCUGAACGUCCUCCUCUCUCUCUUGAUUGAUUCCUGUGUAUCUUCAUAGCGUGAAGCUCUGGGGUGAACGUCCACCUUUUCUCCAUCUAUAUCGUUGGUUAGUUUUAAAAUGGCAGCGGUCUGCUUUGUUUUAUAACCGUAAUAAAGUGGGUUCAGCCUA